CGGCAGUUCCUGUCCGAAGAGAAAUUAAAGGGCUCUUGCUUUUGGGUGCCUCGCUCUCUCUUUCUUUCAUCGUUAAAACGGACACAGAGUUCUCUUGAAGGAAGUUAGAGCGAUUUCUCUUUCAGAGAGGAAGCGAACAAUGGCCGAUCAGCUCACCGAUGAACAGAUCGCUGAGUUCAAGGAGGCCUUCAGCUUGUUUGAUAAGGAUGGCGACGGUUGCAUUACAACCAAGGAGCUGGGAACUGUUAUGCGGUCAUUGGGGCAGAACCCAACUGAAGCAGAGCUUCAAGACAUGAUUAAUGAAGUAGAUGCUGAUGGUAAUGGUACCAUUGACUUCCCUGAAUUUCUAAACCUUAUGGCCCGAAAGAUGAAGGAUACUGAUUCUGAGGAGGAGCUGAAAGAGGCAUUCCGAGUUUUUGACAAGGAUCAGAACGGGUUCAUUUCUGCUGCUGAGCUCCGCCAUGUGAUGACCAACCUUGGAGAGAAGCUUACUGAUGAAGAAGUUGAUGAGAUGAUUCGUGAGGCCGAUGUUGAUGGUGAUGGCCAAAUCAACUAUGAGGAGUUCGUUAAGGUGAUGAUGGCCAAGUGACCAUUUCAUUCUCCUAGAAGCUAUAUUUAUGAAAAGAACCAAAACGCUCGAGAUAUAUAACAUGGAAAAAUUUGUAUGCAGUUCUUUUAUAUCCUUGUCAGAUUCUUCAAUUAAAAUAUGAUCAAGUGUGUACGGGUUUUCAAGAAUAAUAUGCCAGGAUAUGGUUCAUACAAAAGUGUAUGAUUCUCCAGUUGAUUCAUACAUCUGUCAUGUUAUUACUUCAAAGUCAUACACUUGACAUAUCUUAAUCAAGGAAUUUGGUAGCAAGGACAUAAGAAAUUUAAGUCUUACCCACAUAAUAUUUAGUACCCUAGUUCCCCUCGACCUUUUUCCCCCCUUCUUUUUUUAAUGUUUAUCAAUUUGAUGUUUUUAAAUCCAACCCUUGCAACAUAUAUCUGUAAGAUUAGCUGUCGAUUAUGAUAUUGCGUCCUUCUAGUUUGCCUAGUCAUUGUCUCCCAGGUUUUAAUGGUUAUUUCACUCCAUUUUACCCUA